CUUUGGAAUUAAAUUUUGAUGUAAAUAGCCAGCACCCAUUUUUUUAAAAAAAACCUGUAUAAAUUCUACCUGUUCGACUCGCAUGAACGAUUGAUUGAAUGAGUCAUUUGGGUUCAAUUCUAAAGUAAUCAAAAAUCAGUGUCUUAUCUAUUGUUUUCUUUAAAAGUUCUAUUGAAAAAUCUUAUAUAAAAUUUAUCUUUUCGAAAUCAACAAUGAGCACAUCGAAAUCGAAUUCUCAUCAACAAAUGGCCAUCCAAAUGGAUCGGGCAUGGAAACCAGUAUUCGAUCGAUUUGAUCGUCAUCGUACUGGCCAAAUACGUUUAGGUGAUUUCAAACGUAUUCUACAUGAAAGUAAUAAUCAUUUUAGUGAAGAUGUAUCGAUCGAUGUUUUGGAAUCAUUAUUACAGAAUGAAAAUGAUGAUCGAUUGAUUGAUUAUCAACAAUUUCUCAAUUUGAUUUACAAUUCACGAUUAGAUACACAGAUUCAAUCACGGCUACAUCGACUAGUUCGAUAUGCUGCUAUGGCUGUUGUACCAAAAUCACAACGUCAAUCUGUCAUACGUAAAUAUCUGGAUGAAUAUAAUUGUAUGCCACCACCGAUAUUCAUAUUGACCAUCAGUAUCAUUGAAAUAGCCAUUUUUAUAUAUUAUUGUGUCAUCUUGGGUGAAGUUUCUACUUCUGGUCCUGUACCAUGGAAAAGUAUUUUAAUCUAUAAUCCUUGUCGGCGUUAUGAAGUUUGGCGUUUUUUCACCUAUAUGUUCAUUCAUGCUGGAUUCUAUCACUUAUUCAGUAAUUUGUUAAUUCAAUUGGUUUUGGGUAUCCCGCUUGAAAUGGUACAUAAAUGGUGGCGUAUAGGUAUCGUUUACAUAACCGGUGUGAUUGCCGGAUCACUUGCCAGUUCUCUUUCGGAUCCUCAUACAUUUUUAGCUGGCGCUAGUGGUGGUGUUUAUGCUUUAUUAGCUGCACACUUAGCCAAUGUUGUAAUGAAUUGGGAAGAAAUGGAUUUCAAUUGGGCUCGUUUAUUGACAAUUAUUAUUUUCGUUUCGACUGACAUAAGUGUUGCUGUAUAUGAUCGUUAUAAAACAAGUCAACGUAAUCGUGUUAGUUAUUCUGCUCAUCUAGCUGGUUCAUUAGUCGGUUUAUUUGUUGGAUUUAACGUUCUACGGAAUUUAAAAGCAAAACGUUGGGAAUUAAUUUUGGCUUGGUUUUCAUUAUUGGUUUAUAUCAUAUUCAUGACUGUUGCAAUUUUAUUUAAUAUUUUCUAUGAUGAUUAUUACUACAAUCCAAACGAUCCAGAAGUUUGUAAACAGGCUUACUAAAUUAUACUGCCCUUUCAAAUUGCCUUUAAUCUUUUGACAUUUCAUUUAUUCAUUA